CAAUGAAAUUCAUAAACUCAUGUCUCAAAUUUCAAUUGUUACGAACCACGUGAAAAAAAUCUCCACCAUUAUUUUCGGCUCCGUCGCUAUAAAAAUUGGAGCCGCUGCUCAAAUGUGAAAUCUAUAUCAUCUCUCACCGUCACUCCGACCACCGUCAGACCACCACCUGAGUAUUAACAACAAUCCGUUUGAGCUGAAUGAGGCUCUCUAGAACCCUAAAACCCAUUCGCGUACUCGCAGCGGCACCGUUUAAUAGCUUUGGGAUUUGUCGGAAAAUUGGUACGCUUUGUUCCUUAUUCCAUCUUCAUACUUAUAGCCGCAUUAGAAAAGUUGAUGAUGCCCUAAUUUCAUUCAAUCACAUGCUCGACAUGAAUCCGUUACCUUCUAUAGUUGAAUUUAAUAAAUUGUUAUCUGCACUUGUCAAAAUGAAACAUUUCGAAACUGUGCUUUCUCUGUGUAAGCAAUUGGAAUUGGCUGGACUUCCAUUUAAUGUUUACACUAUUAACAUAGUGAUGAAUUGCUUCUGCCGUUUGGAUCAUGUCGAUUUCGGAUUUUCUAUGCUAGGAAAAAUCUUCAAAUUCGGAUUUCGGCUUGAUGUGAUUAUGUUUAAUCCGUUGCUAAAUGGCCUUUGUUCACAAGGUAAAAUUGCUCAAGCUGUUGAAUUGUUUGAUGAUUUAGAAGCAAAGGGUUAUCAACUUGAUGUUUAUACCUAUACUUCUAUUGCUGAUGCCUUAUGUAAAAUUGGAAAAUCCAGUGAUGCUAUUUUUUUACUUCAAACAAUGACAAAAAAAGGCUGUCAACCAAAUGUUGUAACCUAUAAUACAAUUAUCAACGGUCUCUGCAGGGAGGGUCUUGUUACCGUGGCUAGAGACCUUGUCUUAGAGAUGAAGAGCAAAAAUAUCUUGCCUGAUGUUGUAACUUACAGCUCUUUAAUUCGUUGUCUUUUCAAGUUAGGCCAAUGGAAGAAUGCUUUAGCUUUACAUAAUCAAAUAUUUGAUUGGAAAAUCAAACCGGAUGUUGUCACCUUCAAUGUAUUGGUUGAUGGUCUUUGUAAACAAGGCAUGAUUUUAGAGGCUCGUGAUAUAGUUGAAACAAUGACGCAAAAGGAGAUAGAGCCGAAUGUAGUCACUUAUAAUUCAUUAAUAGGUGGAUAUUGUCAGCAAAAUAAAUUAAGUGAGGUUCGAAAAGUAUUUGACAUGAUGGUAAGCAAGGGAUGCACUCCUAAUGCUGUGACCUUCAACAUCUUGAUUAAAAGAAUAAAUGAUGUAAAACAAUUUUUUAGUGAAAUAACACCUUCAAUUGUUGCUUAUAAUUCUAUGAUACAUGGCUUAUGCCAAGUGGGAAGGCUUUUGGAUGGACAAGAGCUCUUUGAUAACAUGCGCCGUUCAGGCCCUUCUCCGGAUAUAGCAACUUAUGCAAGUUUGAUAAAUGGCCUUUGCAAACAUGGUGAUUUUGAUUCCGCGGUGGCUCUAUUUCAUGAAAUGGAAAAGAGUAUGUUGAAGUCUGAUUGUGCUAUCUACAGCGGUCUAAUUGACAGUUUGUGCAAAGCUGGAAAACUUAAAGAUGUUAAGGAUCUGUUUUCUAGACUUUCCAUUCAAGGAUUGCAACAUAAUGUCCGAACAUAUACUAUACUAAUUAAUGGGAUUUGUAGAGAAGGAUUAUUAGAUGAAGCAUACCAGGUCUUCAGAAAAAUGACAGAGGAUGGAUGCUUUCCAGAUAGUUGCACAUAUAAUGUGAUUAUCCAGGGAUUUCUCAGGCACAACAAUAAAGUGGGAGCAAAACAACUUAUCGAAGAAAUGCUUGAUAAGGGGUUUUGUGCAGAUGCCACCACAUUAUCCUUGGUAGUAGAUGUAUUGUCCAGUGAUGAUGGUACAAUGAGAAAGCUACAGGGGUUAGGGAUGUCAAUGGGGCGGGGUAGGGAUGAGGAAAGCCAUCCCCAUCCCCGCUGAAAUGGGGAAUUCCCAUCCCCGUCCCCCUUUUGUGUAGUUGAUGUAAUCUUUAUUUCUAAUUUCUUAUAAACAUAUUGCAGAAAACCACAUUAUGCAUAGUGAUUUCUUUUUCGUUUUUUCUUAAUCAGUGGCAGUGACAUUAUGUUUGAUAUAAGAAUAAUAAGUUUGAAUUUCUUUUAAUUUUAA